GGCUCCUUCCAGUUCACAAGUCUGAGAAGACGCAUGAAGAAGUUAUUGCUUCAACAGUGAUUGAACGGAACUCCUCUGCCUUCGUCCCGCAUUAUAGAACAUUCUGGAUUGAUAACAUAACACUUACCUGAACUAUAAUAGCAAAAUAGUCGAAUAAACCUUAUUUUUGUACCGUUACUUUAGAUAUUAAAGAAAAUCUGCCAAAAUGGAGUCUCAGAUCCGCCAGAACUAUCACCACGAUUGCGAAGCUGCUAUCAACCGGAUGAUCAACUUGGAGAUGUUUGCCUCCUACACCUACACUUCAAUGGCUUUCUAUUUCUCCCGUGACGAUGUGGCUCUGCCUGGCUUCGCGCAUUUCUUCAAGGAGAACAGCGACGAGGAGCGAGAGCACGCCGACAAGCUACUCUCCUUCCAGAACAAGAGAGGUGGACGCAUUUUACUCCAGGACAUCAAGAAGCCAGAACGUGAUGAGUGGGGCAAUGGGCUGGAGGCCAUGCAGUGUGCUCUGCAGCUGGAGAAGAAUGUGAACCAGGCCCUGCUGGACCUGCACAAGAUUGCCUCUGACAAGGUUGACCCCCAUCUGUGUGACUUCCUGGAGACC